AUGAAUUCAUUGCAAGUAUCUUAUCCACAUGAUGAAUUACUUACUAUUGACUUUAAUGAACGUAUCAAUUCUCUUCAUAUUUCUCUUAUGAAUCAACUAGAAUCAUUACCAAACAAGAAUUUAUCUUUGGAACAAAUAUUUCAUCUCAUUCCAAUUAUAUUUCGAUUUCUUCGUAAAAAUCUUCAAACACAAGAAAAAUUUUCUAAUGAAUAUAAUAAUCUAUCUAAUAGUAUUCAAAAUAUGAUUUCGAUUUUUACUCAAUAUAUUCAUGAUCGACAUAAUCAUGAAAACGAAAUCUUCUUUCUUAAAGAUAAAAUUUCACAACUUAUUGGACAAAUUGGUUAUACACAAUAUUGUUUAGAACAAUAUUGGACAAUUAUUUAUAGUUUAGAACAUGAAAUAGAACGAUUACAAAUUCUUCUUAGUAAUCCACAAGUUUUACAAAUUAAUCUACAAAAAUUUCAAGCAUAUCAAGAAAGCCAAAAAAUUCAAUUAGAUCGAUUUAUAAAAGAAAAUGAAAAAUUAAAAGUUUUAAUUAAUAAACAAAAAGAUUCAAUUCAAAUCAUACAAACACAAAUCGAAAUAGAUCUAAAAGAAUUACAAACAAUAAAACCAAUCUUGGAUAAAAUUAAAGUAGAACAAAAAGAUAUUCAUAAUCAUUGGUUACAAAUAGAAAAACAAAAUUCACAUCUUGAAAAUAUUUUUGAAACAACUCAAAAUAUGGAACAUGAAUAUAAUGAGCGAAUAAAAACAACACAAAUUCAGCAUAAUCUCGUGCAAAAACAAUUUAACGAUUUAAAAAACACUUAUAAACGAACUAAUCAAAAUCUAUUAUCAAUUCAAACAAAUGAAACAAAUGUACAGUAA